UUCAUAUAAUUGUAAGAUCUUCUAUAAAUAUCACUCAUUCUGCUCUCGUUCGUUUGUUCGUCAACAGGAAAAUGGUGAGUGCAAAUGUUUUUGUCUGGCUUGUAUUAUGUUUAGCCACUGCAACGAUAAGUCAUCGUUCCAAGGACAAACAUCAAAAGCCUUUGGUUACUUUAAAAGAAGGUAAAGUGAGAGGAACUGUUCAAAGGAUAUAUGAUGGAUCAUCAUAUUACAGUUUUAAAGGAAUACCAUAUGCAGAGGCUCCAGUUGGAAAACAUAGAUUUGAGGCUCCACUACCUCCAAAAUCUUGGCAAGGCAUUCGCGACGCGUCUGAACAUGGACCAGUUUGUACUCAAUAUGACUUCACCGUCGCACAAUACAUGGAAGGCAGUGAACAGUGCCUAUUUGUUAACGUUUACACAAAGUCUCUCAACCCUGAAUCCAAAAUACCAGUGAUGGUUUUCAUUCACGGUGGCUCCUAUAUGUCUGGUUCGGGUAACUCGGAAACUUUCUCACCUGAUUUACUUCUAGAGCAUAAUGUGAUACUAGUCACCAUUAAUUACAGAUUAGAGUUACUCGGUUUCCUUUCAUUAGAUACACCUGAAGUUCCAGGUAAUGGAGGAAUGAAAGAUACGGUAAUGGCUCUUCGCUGGGUUAAGGAGAAUAUUCGUAAAUUCGGUGGUGAUCCAGACAACAUUACAGUGUUUGGGGAAAGUUCAGGUGCUUCAUCAGUUACUUAUUUAAUGCUUUCACCAAUGGCUAAAGGACUUUUUAAUAAGGUUAUCGCUCAAAGUGGAGUUUGUAUAGAAGAAUGGGCUAUAGCAAGAAAUUUAAAGGAGAGAGCUUUCAGGGCGGGAAAAGUCUUAGGCAGAGACACAAAUGAUGUCACAGACCUUUUGGGAUUCCUAAGAGGUUUACCAGCCCUCAAUCUGACGAAUCUAACUGAAAAAACAAUGACUGAAGAUGAGAAAUAUAGAGGACUUCCCGAACAGUUUAUACCUGUAGUGGAAAAGAGAUUCAACAAUGUAGAGCCAUUUAUUACUGAAGAUCCACUGCAAACACUUGCUAAAGGUGAUGUUAAUAAAGUUAGUCUAAUGCUUGGCUAUAAUUCUGGUGAAGGUAUAUCGAUAAUAUCCGAAGAAAUAAAAAUAUUAGAUGUAAAAAAUAAUAAUCCAUCAUAUUUUGUACCGAGGGAGAUAGCUGAAGUAGUUUCAAAAGAAAAGAUGAGAGAACUGGGAGAGAAGAUACAAAGAUUUUAUGCAGGCAGUAGGAAUAUCAGUAAAGAAAAUCCGGAUAUUAUACGUGAUUUACUAACUGAUGUGUAUUUUGCUUACAAUACUCAUAGAUUUGCGCAUCUCUAUGCCAAAUUAAAUAUCCCUGUCUAUAUGUAUAGAUUUAAUUAUGACACUGAUUUAAAUGUGAUCAAGAAAUAUUCAUCGUACAAAGGGUUGGAUGGCGUCAGCCACGCAGAUGAUCUAUUCUAUCUGUUUUAUAAUAAUCUUAACAAAGCAGAUUAUGACAGCCAGCCAAAGCUAAGGGAUAUUGCGUAUGAAGUUACUAAAAUGUGGACGGAUUUUGCGAAAUUCGGAAACCCAACUCCAGAUGGCAGUCUCAGCGUGAAAUGGCCAGUAUACACGAAAAAAGGUAAAGAGUAUUUUAAUAUACAAGAGGAGUACUCCGUGGGACAUUACGCGGACAAGGAACGAAUGGAAUUCUGGAACCAGAUAUAUCGAGAGGCUGGCUUGCCCCAUAUUGACCAUUAGGAGAUAUAUUUUAUACUUGUGUCAAAUAAAUAAGUUUUUAAGCCA